AUGCGGUAUCCACGACGUUGCGCAUUCUACUCUCAACGACGACGAAUCAAGCUUCUGUCAUCUAUCAGCCACGGCUACAUCGACCACUCCGGCAUCACAACUUUCGCUCAAGCUGCGAACGCCUGCCAAAUCACCCUCGGCUUCGGCUACGACACCUGCACCUUCCUGUCCGCCCUCGGUCUCCUCGCCGGCGGCGACAUCCCCUUUCGCUUCUUCGAAGUCGACAACUCCAUCUACCGCAUCGACCACUACGACGGCAACCAAGCCAACUUCAACCUCGACCGCUUCGAGAGACUCGUCAACAUCACCCAGAAGUACGGUGGUCAAUUCGGCAACUCCGCUUUCGCAGAGGAGCGCGUCCUCGUCUACAACGAGGCUAAGAACUCCAACCCGACGUUCAACGCUGGUAUCCGCUGGCUCGCCGUCACAACAGCAGAGCGAGUUUUCAUCUUCCGCGCCUUGCCAAACGGCACACACCCCGAGUUGGCAGACUACCAAAACGUCGCACCCUUCUACAUGAACGAGACCUUCCCCGAGCGCUGGUUCCGCCGCGCAACCCCAUACUCCCUCGUCAACACCGGCACUGACAUCGCGACCCUUCUCGCGUCAUCCUCCGAACUGACCGUUCCCGGCCAGAACCAGGGUCUCAACAUCUUCGUCCCGCUUGAUAUGGAUCUUGGAAGUGUCUCGCCAGCAUCUGCGAGCUGUUUCCUCGCGACUGCGCUCUUCGAUAGCACCCCUGGAUUCUUGGCGCCGGGGUUGACGAGCAAUUUUAAUGUGGUGCAGAGUUUCUUGAACGGUGCUGUGAAGCCGUUCUUUGCGUCGUUCAAUUGCCCGAUUCUGGAGUUUGGAUAG